ACCCUCAGUUGUUAUCUAGCUCACUCUGGCUCCGCGCACUUUUUUGUCAGUUCUCUGCUUCAGUUUAUUAAUUCGCACCCACCUGCCCAAGUUUUCCACUUUGAGUGCUUUUAAAAUGUCCCAGAGUUUUGUGCCAGUGCCAGCGGGCAGCGAUUUUCCCCUGGAAAAUCUCCCCUAUGCUGUCUUUUCAACCGAAAACAAUAAAGUUCACCGCCUUUGUGUGGCUAUUGGACAGUAUGUCCUGGAUCUGAAAGCUGUCUCGCAGUUGUAUCCUUUGGAAGUUCAAAAAAGCCUGCAGGCGGAAACCUUGAAUGAGCUUAUGGGCCUGGACUUUGAAGCUUGGGAUGUGGUAAGGACACAGACUCAAAAGCUUUUAUCAAAGGGUUCCGAACUGGAUCAAAAUGUGGACUUAAAGGCGGUCUCCAUUGUUCCCCAAGCGGAGAUCAAGUUGCACCUGCCCGCUCAGAUUGGUGACUACACAGACUUCUAUUCCUCCAUCCAUCAUGCCACCAAUGUGGGCAUUAUGUUCCGUGGACCGGAUAAUGCCUUGAUGCCCAACUGGCGUCAUCUUCCGGUGGGUUAUCAUGGUCGUGCCAGCUCCGUGGUUGUUUCCGGAACUCCCAUCCGUCGUCCCUUGGGACAAACUUUCCCAGAUGGAGCUGAGAAGCCAGUCUUCGGAGCCUGCAAGCUUCUGGACUUUGAAUUGGAAAUGGCCUUCUUCAUCGGAGGCAAGGGCAAUCAGUUGGGAGAACCGAUCCGCGUGGAUGAGGCCUGGAAAAAUGUGUUUGGCUUUACCCUGAUGAACGACUGGAGUGCCAGGGAUAUCCAGAAGUGGGAGUAUGUUCCUUUGGGUCCUUUCACUGCAAAGAAUCUGGGAACCACCAUUUCACCCUGGGUGGUGCCCACGGCAGCCCUGAAACCUUUCCUCCUGGACAAUUUCCCCCAGGAACCGGAGGUGCUGCCCUAUCUGCGCCAGAAUAUUCCCUUCAAUUUCGAUAUUAAUCUCGAGGUAUCCUUGAAACCCUCUGACCAGAACGAAUCACUUAUCUCAAAGUCCAACUUCAAGUACCUGUACUGGACUCCACUGCAGCAAAUUGCUCAUCAUACGGUCACCGGUUGCAACCUGCGUCCUGGUGACCUGAUGGCUUCCGGAACGAUCUCCGGCGAGACGCCAGAUUCAUACGGAUCUCUUUUGGAGUUGUGCUGGAAGGGCACCAAAACUUUGGAGCUUCCGGGAGGCAAGACCAGGAAGUUCCUGCAGGACUUCGAUGAGGUUAUUAUCCGAGGACACUGCGAGAAGAACGGUCUGCGCAUUGGAUUUGGGGAGUGUGUGGGUCAGGUGCUGCCCGCCCAUCCUGUGCCGCAGUAGUAUCAUUACUUCGCUGAAUCUUCUUAAAUAAAGGCUUUUUCUA